CGGGUUUGUUGCUAUGUUGACUGCAUUCUCACAAUAAGUUGCGACCUUGAGAUUAAAACUUCUAAUGGCUGCCGGUGCUUUGGAUAAAAACCAGGGAUGAAAAAGGGACAACCGUUUCCAAAAUGCCUCCUCCAGACAGACGAGCGAAAACGCUCGAUCGUCCGUUUCCAAAAUCUAAAGACAAAGAGCUUCUCGAUCUGCGAAGGAUUCUUUCAUUUGUCUCGGCUCCAUUCCCUUUGCAGCAGUCCACAGGCAAUCAGUCAAAGGGCAGAAAGCCCCAGAAUUCUCCUCCUCAGCUGAAUGAGUACAGGAAGCAUACGAGGUCCGCAGCAGCAGAAGCAGUCGAGCUUGAGAAAUUUAGCAUGAAGUACAGAGAGCAGAGACAUUUCUCAGGACAUCCACAUCACAGUCUCUUCUCGGAUAUCUUCACGGCUCUGAUCAAAAACCGACUCAACUGCAGCGAGUGGCUGGACCAUUCGUCAUCCGAAAACAUCCUCCGAGUUCUCAUCUGCCUGAGAUUGUUAAUAAGAGAGCCUCAUUACCAGAAAGUGUUUCAUGAGCUCCAUGGAUUAAUUCACCUUAUAAAGCACAUGGAAUCAGUCAGCAGUGCGUAUCUGGAAAAUAAAGAGCAUGCGCUGGACACCGAACAACUCGUCACCAUGACGUAUAUGUGUCAAAAACUGGCCAUGGCUGAGGAGCAGAGAACGUGGCUGAUUGACUGUGAAGCUCAUAAGAUUCUUGGAAAGCUCCUUUCUGCCCGGGACAGUAAUGUGUUAUUAGGUGCCCUUCUUGCCCUCACUACUCUAGCAGAGAGCCCCGAGUGCAAGGAGAAGAUCGGAGAGCUGUCCAUCGUGGAGAACCUGCUGGUGAUUUUGCAGGAAUAUGAUAUGCUCUCAAAAAGGCUCAGUGCCGAGCUGCUGCGUCUGCUCUGUCCUGUCCCCGCCGUUCGUGAGCAGGUGUGUAAAUGCGACGGCAUCCCUGUCCUACUGAGCAUGCUCCAUGCGGAUCAUCUGAAGCUGCUCUGGAGUACUGUGUGGGUUCUGGUCCAGCUGUGCCAGGAUCCAGAGGGCAGUGCCAACAUCCGAGCCUGGGGAGGAAUUCAGCAGCUCCUACGCAUCCUGAAUGGAGAGCGAGCAUACGUGUCUGAUCGCUCGUCCAUAGCGACGAUCUCCAGUGCUAACGCUGCUGGCCGUCUGCACACACAGAACGUAUGUGAGGACCUGAGUCCACACGAGGCUGAAGAGAACACGCUGGCCCUGCAUGCCGCGUGCUGUGCUGCGAUAACAGAGCUGGUGCUGGACGACGCAGCGGCCCACCAUGUGGUGCAGGAAAACGGUGUGUACAUAUUAGGCAAACUGAUCCUGCCACAUGGACCCAAAUCAGCAUCACUACAGUGUUACGCUUUCCGGACUCUGCGCUUCCUGUUCAGUAUGGAGCGGAACAGACACCUUUUUAAAAGACUCUUUCCACCAGAACUGUUUGAGAUGUUUAUAGAUAUCGGGCAUUAUAUCAGAGACAUUGCAGCAUAUGUUCCUCUGCAGGAAAGAAUCUCAGUGCUUUUGACCGAAGAGUUGGACGGACUGAAGGAAAGGAUCGAAGCAGUGAAUCAGAACCGUCCUCCUCUCAAAGUGAUUAACGGCUACUCCGUUCUCGAUCCUCUGGGCAGUGGAGCCUUUGGCACUGUUUUCAAGGUCCGCAAACAGGGAGUGCAAAACUGUUUGGCACUGAAGGAGGUGAACCUCCACAAUCCCGCUUUCGGCCACGACAAAAAAUCCAGAGACACCAAUGUGGAGAAAAUAGUAUCAGAACUCACCAUAAUUAAGGAGCAGAUGACACACCCAAACAUUGUGAAAUACCUCAAGACAUUUUUAGAAUGUGACAGGCUGUAUAUCGUGAUGGAGCUGGUCGAAGGUGCGCCGCUUGCAGAGCACUUCAACUCCUUGAAAGAAAAACAGCAGACAUUCACCGAAGAACGAGUGUGGAACAUUUUCAUUCAGAUGUGUCUGGCGUUAAGAUACUUGCACAAGGAGAAAAGGAUCGUCCACAGAGACCUGACUCCUAAUAACAUCAUGCUGGGAGAGAGAGAUAAAGUCACCAUCACUGAUUUUGGUCUCGCGAAGCAGAAACAAGAAACCAGCAAGCUAACAUCGGUUGUCGGGACCAUUCUCUACUCCUGUCCCGAGAUCGUGAAAAGUGAGCCGUACGGAGAGAAGGCUGACGUCUGGGCCGCCGGCUGUGUCCUGUAUCAGAUGGUUACUCUUCGGCCUCCUUUCUACAGCAACAACAUGCUCUCGCUCGCCACCAAGAUCGUGGAGGCGGAAUUUGAGCCAGUGAAGAACACAGCUUUUUCAGAAAGAGUUACAGACAUGAUUAAAUGGUGCCUGACGCCGAAUGCGGAUUUGCGGCCCGACAUCGUGGAGGUCAGCUCCCGAAUCUGUGACCUGAUGAUGAAGUUCCUGGAUGGUGUGAACACCUCACAUAACGCGCUGGAGAAGAGAGCCGAGCGCGACAGAAGGCGAGCGCAGAAAUACUGCAUUGAAAGCAACCGCCUGAAGCUCACAAGCUGCAGGCCGCCUCAGGAAAUGGACUUUAACGACGAGCUGCUGGUUGAUCAACACGAUCAGCAAUCUGAGACACGGCACCAAAGUUUCUCAGACUCGGUGGACGGAGAGACUAACGUGCAAGAUUUUCACACAAGUCGUGUCUCGACAUCUGCCUCUGUCCCGACUUCAGCCUCAGCUCAUUUACAUCAACACCAACAUCAAACCAAGAGCCCUGACAGCUCCUAUCUCCCUGAUGACCAAAGCCGACCUGGUGGAGACUUUUUAAAGUCUAAAGCUCGACCAGGAUCAGCAGCUAUCUGUGUAUCCCAAAGGAAAGUCCGUCAGAUCGACGAUCCCAACCUACGGCUUCUCGAACUGCUCCAUAAAAUCAUAUUCAUCACUCAGCUUCCACCUGGACCCCAGACCAGUUUUUCACGGCGGGCAAUAGACCGCUUUAAGAAAUCGUUGUUCCAGCGUGAAAUCAGUCCAUUUCAUCUAAAGAUGGAGCUCAAAAAGGUGCUUCAGGGAAGUCAGGAGGUGGUAGAGUUGGGGUCAGGGGGCAGGGACUGGUGGUCCAUGGUGCAGUCUGGCCGAGCUGAGACACACGGUGAGUUAGGAUAUUCGAGUCCUCAGGAGGGCAUCACUUACGAGCAGGUACAGGUCAUGAUUGAGGAAGCGCUCGAGCAAAGCGCUUAUUACAGCACACCUCUAGCCAGGAGCGAGUCAGAGACGGGAAACAGCCGAACUGCCAGCCUGUGACUGGUGAAGUGAUGUAAUAUCCGUGUGUUUUGUACAUAUGCAGAUUUCAGGACGCCUCCAAACAAAUUCGUUCCUCCACACAGAAGAAUUUUGCUUCAUAAACCUGAUUGUAUAGAAAACAUUACCAGGACCUCAACGUUUUUAUUCUCAGGGUUAUGGAUGUGGGAUUUUCUUUACCUUACUGCCUUUUCAGGCAGUUCAGGUUUCUCUUCCAGUCUCAGGCUAAUGUUUUGUGCACUUUGCAUUAGAAAAUAAUCUGUUCAGAUUUUCCUAAAGACUACAAAAUUGUGAUCUAAUAUUUAAAAAACUAACUAACUAAAUAAAUAAAUAUAUAAAUAUAAAACAUUGGAUUGCUUUUAGUUUUCUGUGCUUAUGUUAUUGAAAUUUGAAUAAAGGACUGUUUGUAUUUUUUUG